UACGUUACAAACUUGUGAUAAAAUCAAGUUUAAAAAGAAAUUACAACUAAAUUAAAAAUCAAGUUACUCAUAUGAUGUCAUCUUCUCUAGUCUGAACUCUGAACACUCCUUACCUUGGCCGUUUUGUAUAAAUAGCUCUUACUUCUCACACUUAUGUGAUUCGCUUAUCACUUUUCCACCUAAUCAAAUCCUUCCUUUCUCCAAACAUCUCCUGAGAUUUACAAAUACUUCUCCAUCUCAUAUUCAAAUUCCUACCCAUUCUUAAUUUACAUAAAUUAAUCCACCCUCCUUUACCUCAGCGAGGUUGGGGUUAAAUAUCAAAACCAUUAAAUUUUAAACCCAGUCACAAGACUGGAAAUCCAACUUCAAAAAUCCCAAUCCUCAACCAGUCUCUGGAAAUUAUGCCAGAGAUUCACAAUGACACUCUAUCCGCCACCGCGGCCGCCAUCCCCGAACAAAAACCUGUCCUCUUUAACAAAUACGAGCAAGGGAGACUCCUCGGCCGGGGCGGCUUUGCUAAAGUCUACCACGGCCGUGACCUCCGCAAUGGGAAGAGCGUGGCAGUAAAAGCUGUAAGCAAACAAAAAAUCUUUAAAGGGAACCUGACGGCGCACGUUAAACGUGAAGUGUCCAUCAUGCGCCGUCUACGCCACCCUCACAUAAUCCGCCUCCACGAAGUCCUCGCCACCAAAUCAAAAAUUUACUUCAUCAUGGAGUUCGCUAAAGGUGGCGAGCUCUUCGCUAAGGUCUCCAAAGGGCGCUUUAGUGAAGAUCUCAGCCGCCGGUAUUUCCACCAGCUGAUCUCCGCCGUGGGGUACUGCCACUCCCGCGGUGUCUACCACCGCGAUCUGAAACCCGAAAAUCUCCUUUUAAAUGAGAAUUGGGAUCUUAAAAUUUCAGAUUUCGGCCUCAGUGCCGUAAAAGACCAAACUAAAUCAGACGGGAUGCUCCACACAAUGUGUGGAACUCCAGCAUACGUCGCACCUGAAAUAUUGGCCAAGAAGGGGUACGAUGGUGCGAAGGUCGAUAUUUGGUCUUGCGGGAUCAUCCUCUUUGUUUUAACCGCAGGUUAUUUACCGUUUAACGACACGAAUUUGAUGAACUUGUAUAGAAAAAUUUACCGCGGUGAUUUCCGGUGCCCGAAAUUCAUGUCGCCGGAGUUAAAAAAUCUGCUGCAUCGUCUUCUGGAUAUAAAUCCAGAUACCCGUAUUACCAUUCAAGAAAUAAUCGACGAUCCAUGGUUUAAAAAGGGCGACGAAAAGAAGGUAGAUUUAGCAUCGUUUUACUUCGAUGGUGACGAAACAGACGAAGAGGAGGAGAGAGAAAGUUGCGGUGGUGGUAGUUUUGAGAAGGAGAAUUCGAGGUUUUUGAAUGCGUUUGAUUUGAUAUCAUAUUCACCCGGGUUUAAUUUAUCUGGGUUGUUUAUGAAGGGGGAAUCGGAGAAGGAGAAUUGUUGGGAGACGUUUUUGUCCAAGGAAACGGCGGAGACGGUGGUAGAGAAGAUGGAAGAGGCGGCGCGUGAAAUUGACGGGGUGGAGGUGGAGAGGAUGCGGAGUGGGAUGGGGGUUAGGGUAGAGGGGCAAAACGGGGAUUUCGGUGUGGUUGUGGAAGUUCGGAGAUUAACGGAGGAGUUGGUCGUUGUUCAGGUUAGGAAGAGAGAAAAAGACGUGGGGCCCAGCCAUGAGUUUUGGAAGGAGAAGUUACGGCCCAAGAUUUCUAGCCUUGUUUAUAAUCCCGGGCGGACCGGUGGUGGACCGGCUCGGGCAGUUUAGAACAUUUAAAUGUUUAAUUAUUUGAUAUUCUGGUGGAUGAUGAUGAUGAUGAUGUAGAACUGUAGAAGGUGUGAGGCUGUGAGCCAAUGAAGUCUUACCAACUGAAUUGAUUAAGACUGAGGAUCCAAAUAUAAGUAAUUAUGUUUAAUCAAUGUCUCCUCUCCCAUAGUUUACUCUGUA